AUGUCUAAAAUCCUCGAAGCACAAGAGCAUUGCAAGGCAGCAGAAAAAUACCUAAAAACUGGUCUGCUGAAAUGGAAGCCGGAUUUCGAUUCCGCUGCUGAUGAAUAUAGUCAAGCAGCUCAGUGCUAUCGCAUUGCUCAGGAUAUGAAAAAUUCGAAGGCGUGCCACAUGAAAGCGGCUGAGAUGUAUGAGAAGAAUCGUGCCUUCUUCCAUGCAGCCAAGUCUAUUGAGAAUGCCAUUAUUGUCAGUAAGGAGCUGCUAGCACCUGAAGAACUAUACAACAUGGCCUGCAAUUCGAGCAGCAUGUACCAACAGCAUGGCUCUGGAGACGCCGGUGCAAAUGUCCUUGACAAGGUAGCCAAAAUCAUUGAGGAGAAAGCGCCGGAGCUGGCUGUCAAGUUGUUCCAACAAGCUGCUGAUGUCUCUUCGGUGGAAAGCAGCCAACACCAAGGCACUGAGUAUAUUAGUAAAGCUUCGCGUCUCCUCGUGAAGUUGGAGAAAUAUGAUGAGGCAGUGGACAGCCUGAGACGAGAGAUUGGCUUUCACCUGGAGGGUGGAAACACGGCCGCUGUAGGACGGUUGACAGUCGCCAUAGUGCUGGUGCAGCUGGCUAGAGGAGAUGCUGUUGCCGCUGAAAAGGCAUAUAAGGAAUGGGGCAACUAUUGCGAAGUGCCCGAAAUGCAAACACUCGAGUUGCUGUUGCAAGCCUAUGAUGAGGAAGAUAGGGAAAGUGCCAAGAGGGCUCUCGCGUCUCCGUUUAUACGCAGCAUGGACGUAGAGUACGCUCGUCUGGCUGGUACUAUACCUUUACCGGAAGGAAUCGAACCGGCACCCAAAGCGUCUGUUAGGGAAAACGCAGCUCCCUCAUAUGUCAGUUCAUACACUGGUGAAAGGGACACUAGUGAAAUAACCUACGCCGACAACAACAAAGCUGAUGAGCAGGAAGACGAAUUAUGUUAA